AGUUGAUGGUUCAUAUUGGCUGCUUCCUCAGACUAAGAAUUCUCAUGAAGAUUUGCUGAAAUCAUUUAAGAAAAGUGCAGAAAGGCCUUUUGAAUGUAACGUUUGCCUGAAAUCAUUCAAAGUCUCCAGUCACCUUGCAGAACAUAGAAUGAUCCAUACUGGGGAGAGACCAUAUCAUUGUGCUCAAUGUCCCAAAUCAUGCAGGUCAAAAAGCAACUUGAAAAAGCAUGUAUUAGCAGUGCAUUCAAAUAUAAAGGAUCAUAUGUGUGAUUUUUGCCACAAACAGUUCAGUUCGCCACAAGAUUUAGAGAGACACUCAAAGAUUCAUACUGGAGAGAAAAACCAUCUGUGUGGACAAUGUGGGGAAACAUUUGCAUUGAAUCACCAGCUGAAAAAUCAUUUGAAAAUAGUGCAUAGCAGUGCGCGUUUUGAAUGUAAUGUUUGCCCGAAAUCAUUCAAAAGCUCCAGUCACCUUGCAGAACAUAGAAUGAUCCAUACUGGCGAGAGACCAUAUCAUUGUGCUCAUUGUCCCAAAUCAUGUAGGUCAAAAAGCAACUUGAAAAAGCAUGUAUUAUCAGUCCAUUCAAAUAUAAAGGAUCAAUAGUGUGAUUACUGCCCCAAACAGUUCAGUUUGCCUCAAUAUUCAGGGAGACAUUUGAAGAUCCAUACUAGAGAGAAUACCACCAGUGUGGACAAUGCAGGGAAAUAUUUGCAUUAAAUCACCAGCUAAAAAACAUUUGAAAAUUGUGCAUUCAAAUAUAAAGGAUCAUAUGUGUGAUUAUUGCCACAAACAGUUCAGUUUGCCACAACAUUUAGAGACACUCAUUGAUUCAUACUGGAGAGCAAAACCAUCCAUUUGGAUAAUGUGGGGAAACGUUUGCAUUGAAUCACCAGCUGAAAAAUCAUUCAAAAAUAGUGCAUAGCAGUUUGUGUUUUGAAUGUAUUGUUGGCCUGAAAUCAUUCAAAAACUCCAGUCACCUUGCAGAACAUAGAAUGAUCCAUCCUGGUGAGAGACCAUAUCAUUGUGCUCAAUGUCCCAAAUCAUGAAGGUCUUAAAGAUUAUCAAUGCAUUCAAAUAUAAACGAUCAAUAGUGUGAUAACUGCCAC